AUGACGACCACAGUACCCAAGAUCUUUGCCUUUCCAGAAUUUGCGGGUGUUGCUGAGGCAGUAGCAGACCAUGUUGUGCAUUCACAGAACAUGGCGCUCAAGGAUAUCGCUACUGGGCCAUCCAGUGCCAGGCAGUCCAGCACACACAUUUCCAACCAGAGCCAGGGCAGUGUAAGAAGCGCUACUUCAAUGCAAAAGGUUCCUUCUACAAGAAGCAUACGUAAUAACAGCAGCGGAGGCGGAUCAUCUGGUGGGAAAUUGAAAAAGCCUAAGGAACGCCGCUUCAAGAUUGCGAUCUCUGGUGGUUCUCUAAUCCAGGUGCUACAUGAAGGGUUGCUCAAGAGGACAGAUGUUCAGUGGGGUAAGUGGGAUAUUUAUUUUGCAGACGAGCGUUUAGUUCCUUUCGAAUCAAAUGAGAGCAAUUACGGACAGGCCAAAAGACAUAUCUUCGACUUAAUUGAUACUGAGAAGUAUGGAACACCAAGAAUUUUCCACAUAGAUGAAUCGCUUAUAAACGAUGCACAAGAAUGUGCAGAUCAUUACGAAAAAAUUUUGAUUAAAGAAUUUGCGGGUAGAGACAGUGUAAAAUUACCAAUGUUCGACCUUUUCCUUUUAGGUUGUGCGCCAGACGGUCAUAUUGCAUCUUUGUUCCCCAACUUCCAGGAAAAUUUACGUGAGAAAUUCGCUUGGGUUGUUCCUGUAGAAAAUGCUCCAAGUGGGCCCUCUAAUAGAAUAUCGCUAACCAUUCCUGUUAUCUGCCAUUCGCAUCAAGUUACCUUCGUCGUGGAGGGUGCCACAAAGGCGCCAGUUAUUAAAACUAUUAUGGAAAGACCAGAAAAGGGACUACCUAGUAGUAUUGUCAAUGAAGGAGCCGCUGGACGUGUUGCGUGGUUUGUUGAUGAUGAUGCAUUGAGUGAUGUUUUAGUAACCAAGAAAAAAUACAAGUUUCUAAUUACAGAUGAUAACAAUUGA